AUGUCGCCCAGCCGUAAAGGGGCGGACAUGAUUUGUUGGGUCUGUGACCUGCCUGCCCCGCUCAAUGCGAGCAGCGAGGCCUCCGGAGUAUAUAAAGGGCUUGGCCCCGGCCGCCUCUCCUUUCUAGAAUCCUUUCUUCGUGAAACAUUGCGUAACCUCCAGAUCAACUACCUACCGAUAUACUUACUUCCUGCCAUGACAGAUACUUCUGGCAAGCCAGUGCGCAGGGGUCGUACGGCCAUGAGCUGUGAUCGGUGCAAGAGCAGGAAAACAAAGUGCAAGAAUCCAGUGCCUGGACCAUGCGAAUAUUGCAAUAAUGUCGGCGCCAUCUGCCAGAUUAGCACAGAGAGCCGGCGACCAAAACCGUUCUAUUUCGUCUCCAACGAAGAGUAUCGCCAUAUGCGGAAGAUUCUAAGUUAUUAUUACCCUGAUACCGAACUUGAUGUUCCGGCACUACGGGCCAUUGCAUCACAGUGUGCCAGUGACCAGCCCCUGGUUAAAUUUCCAGAUGCCCAUGCCAAGAUGAUUCCCGGAACUGUGCAUAGCAGCACGCCCAUGGGCGAAAAGCCUCCUCCAAGCGAAGAGGAUUCCGCCGUGCAAGCUAUUGUACAGCUUCACAAAGAGUACGGCUGCAUGUUGGCUGACGCACACGGCGAGUAUCGCUACAUUGGAGCAGACUCUGGUGUUAGUUUCAACAGUGCAGUCCGAGACAUGAAGAGCCCAGAUGGACCCGUCCGAGGCGGCGAGCGCGUCAUCAUUUCCCCUUUGCGAAAGGUCACUCUCCCAAAGCCCACGCCUAAACUUCGUCGCAAUGGUCCUUUUGGACAAAAUAUACAACUGCCGCCGAAAAGUGACGUUGCACACAGAGUUGGGAAGCCUUCGAUGAUUGGAAGUCUCGAAAAUGUGACAUGCAAACCAGAGCUGCCUUCGGAAGAGAUACUCAACCCUGGUCCCCAUACCCCUGCCGGAUGCCUUGAGCUCGCUUCAUCGCUCACACAGCUUACCAAGGCUAUGCGCCAUAAAUUGUACAUUGGACCUCUUGAAGGUGGAAGGAGGUUGACUCUAGAGACAUUCACCACUAUGCUAGAUUCGCUGCGGGAAUGGCAUUCCGGUGUGCCGUCGUAUCUGCAAUACGAUGCGCCCAGUCCUCCGUUGCAUAGAAGACCUCUGUGCUUUCUGCAUCUGCGAUACUGGAACCUGGUCAUACUUUCUACGCGGCCAUUCCUGCUCUGUAGCCUUUUGCGUCGAGAGCAACUACAACCGAACUCGAAUUCCCGAUCUUUCGAAGAGUUCAGUGAUAUCUGUAUUGAUGCUGCCGGACAGUCUUUGUCCAUAGUGCAGAAGAUGAUGGACGAGCAUACACUCUCCAGCCUAUUGAUAUCCGACUUUUAUUUUGUCCUUGAUCUCAUUCAGAUCCUGCUAGUCGCAUUCGCACUUCGAGGCUCCCAAGUUUUCCUUCAACAAGCCAGUGAGUGCCUACAGGUGCUCAAGUCUAUGAGCUCAUCAGGUUACUGUCAGCGGAUGUUCCCUGAAACAUUGAACGAGCUCCGGGAAUGGGGUGUUUUGAGUGGGCCCAUAGACAACUCCAGCGCCUUGCAACAUCAAGACGUCUCAAGCUUUGAGAUGGAGCCCGAUAACGGGCUUUACGAAGCAAUUUUUAACCUUGGCGACCUUACAGAGGGCGACAUUGCCUCUGCUAACUUCGGAUGCAUGGUUGGCGAGAACGACGAUUUACUCAUGCAGCAGAUGCUUGAAUUCUGA